CUCACCUCCUCCUCUUUCUUCUCUCCACCCCUCAGCCCCACAGAGGCAAGCUUUGGAUCAGCUCACACAGCUAAUCUAAAUACUGCAGGAGCCAAAGCCUGCAGCUCUGACUUCAGGUCAACAUUACAGGCUUUUACCUGGAGCCAUAAUUUAGUCCAGAGAAGUGUGUAGACUUAGGAGUCGCCAUGGUUGACAGCAUGGACUUGGAGAAGCAGCAGAAGCGCUACUGCAUCCGCGGCAAACAUGUAGUCAUCAUCUGUGUGACGGUGGUGGUGUGCUCUUUGGCAGUGGGCCUUGGGGUGGGCCUCUCUGGGUCUGACACCACCACCCCUACUUCCCCUACUACAGCUCCCACAGCAGAGCCUACAGAGCCCCCUGCAUCUGGCAGAGGCCCCUGUAAGCCUUCCUCUGACUCCAGUGGGGACUGGAGGAAUUUCCGUCUGCCCAACUACGUGAUCCCAACCCACUAUGACCUGCACCUGGAGCCGGAUCUGGUCGAUGACACCUACACAGGCACUGUGGACAUCCAUCUUAAGGUCACCAAGCCCACUCGCCAUCUGUGGCUCCACAUCAGGGAGACGUUCGUCAGCGCCAUUCCCAGGCUGAAGGUGCUGGACAGCCAGGGGGGGCAGAAGGAGGAACAUGUAAAAAGCUGCUUUGAGUACACACCUCAGCAGUAUGUGGUGGUGGAGGCCACACAGGAGCUGCCUGUCACCAGCCCAGAAGAGGUGUAUGUUCUUAGUCUGGAUUUCCAGGGGUGGCUCAAUGGCUCCGUGGUGGGAUUCUACAGGGUCAUCUACACUGAGGAUGGAGUCACCAAAAAGAUUGCUGCGACCGAUCAUGAGCCAACAGAUGCCCGCAAGUCAUUUCCCUGCUUCGAUGAACCCAACAAGAAGGCUACUUACAGUGUCUCCAUCACCCAUGAUGAUGUUUACAGUGCUCUGUCCAACAUGCCUGUUGAGGGAAAACCUCAACAACUAUCUGGCAAUAAAGUGAGGACCUCCUUCCAGAAGUCAGUUCCAAUGAGUACCUAUUUGGUAUGUUUUGCUGUGCACCGGUUCCACCAUGUGGAAAGAACAUCCGCCCGAGGAGUUCCUUUGAAAAUCUAUGCCCAGCCAAGUCAAAUAAAAACGGCAGAGUAUGCAGCCAACAUGACCAAGAUCAUCUUUGACUACUUUGAGGAGUACUUCAACAUGACAUACUCCAUCACCAAACUGGAUAAGAUAGCCAUCCCUGACUUUGGUACUGGUGCAAUGGAAAACUGGGGCCUCAUCACCUACAGGGAGACCAACCUGCUAUAUGAUGAGAACCAGUCAUCCUCCUACAACAAGCAGCGAGUGGCCAGUGUUAUCGCCCACGAGCUGGUUCACCAGUGGUUUGGGAACAUUGUGACUAUGGAUUGGUGGGAUGACCUCUGGCUUAAUGAGGGUUUUGCCAGUUUCUUUGAGUACAUCGGUGUGGAGAAAGCUGAGCCCAGUUGGGGCAUGCGAGACAUCAUGAUCAUCAGCGAUGUACUUCCUGUCAUGGUGGAUGACGCUCUGCUCUCCUCUCAUCCGAUCAUUGUGAAUGUGUCGACCCCGGCAGAGAUCACCUCUGUGUUUGAUGCCAUAUCAUAUAGCAAGGGAGCGUCCAUCCUCAGAAUGCUGGAGAGCUGGAUGGGUAAAGACAUGUUCAGAGAUGGCUGUAGAAAAUAUUUAAAAGACUACCACUUUCAGAAUGCCAAAACAGCCAACUUCUGGGCAUCUCUGGCCGAGGUGAGUGGGUUGCCAGUUGAGCAGGUAAUGGAUACAUGGACCAAACAGAUGGGUUAUCCUGUGCUCGAUCUAUCUGUCUCAAACACGAAUGCCAGACUCAGCCAAAAGCGUUUCCUCCUGGAUCCCAACGCUGAUGCCACCCAACCUCCUACACCUCUUGGCUACAAGUGGACCAUUCCAGUCACAUGGCACUCUGUGAAGAGUGACAAGGAUAAUGUGAUUAUGUUUGACAAGAGCAACACAGAGCUUGUUAUCAGUGGCUACUCUCCUGCUGUGGACGGCCUGCUGAAGGUUAACAAUGAUCAUAUUGGAUUCUACAGAGUCAACCAUGAUGACUCUAUGUGGAACACUAUUAGCCAACAGCUUCAAAGCAACCACACAGAGUUUGAUGCAGCCGAUCGUACGAGCUACAUUGAUGAUGUUUUUGCUCUCGCGAGGGCAAAUAUCAUUGAUUAUGGUAAUGCCUUCAACCUCACCAAGUAUCUAACAAAGGAGACUGAAUACAUAGUGUGGGACCGUGUGGCUUCCUCUAUGGCCUAUGUUCGGGACAUGCUGUCAAACAAUGAUAAGCUCUACCCAAAGUUUCAGAAACUUUUCCGUGACCACGUUAAAGCAAUUUCAACUCAGCUUGGAUGGAAUGAUGUUGGAGAACAGACACAGAGGUUACUGAGAGAGACUGUGCUCAGCAUUGCUUGUCAGAUGGGAGAUCAAGACUCUCUGAAUGAAGCCUCUCACAUUUUUGAACAGUGGCUCGGUGGAAGCAACGUAGCAGUGAAUCUAAGGCUGCUGGUGUAUCGAUACGGCAUGAAGAACUCAGGCACCGAGGAGAAGUGGAACACAAUGUUCGACAGGUACAAAAGCACCACUCUGGCUCAAGAGAAGGACAAGCUGCUGUAUGGACUGGCAUCUGUGGAGAAUGUGGCACUUCUGCACAGGCUACUAGAGGCAACUAAAGAUGAGUCAGUGGUGAGGAGUCAGGAUCUGUUUACCGUGGUGAGAUACGUGUCCCUCAACCCAGUGGGCCAGAGCAUGGCCUGGGACUGGACCACACUCAACUGGGACUACUUGGUCAACAGGUACACCAUCAAUGAUAGGAACCUCGGUCGCCUGCUCACUCGAAUCUCAACCACCUACAACACAGAGCUCCAGCUGUGGAAGAUGGAGAAUUUCUUCAGUCUGACUCCGAAUGCUGGCGCUGGAGAGAUGCCCAGGAAACAGGCACUGGAGACGGUGAAGAACAAUAUUGCAUGGAUCAAGAGUAAUGAGAAUGAGAUCAGCGGCUGGCUGAACAGCAAUGUUGCUGAGUAGUAUGAGCAUAUCAAA